AUGCAGCUCACCAGUGCUCUUCUGCUGGCUUCGGCCGCCGUCGCCUCCGCCUCGGUCCACGCUCCCCACCACUUCGAGCGCAGGCAGUACGCCAACGGCACCGCUUCCGUUGAUGCCGCCGCCGUGACCCCCGCCGACUUCACCACGUCGACCGUGUAUGCUACCCAGCUGCACACCAUCACCUCGUGCGCCCCCGAGGUCACCAACUGCCCCGCGCGCUCCGGCACCCCCGCCGUCGUCACCAGCAUCGUGGCCAUCAGCACCACCGUGUGCCCCGUCACCGCCACCCAGACCCCGGCUGGCGACGCUCCUGCCACCACUCCCAGCCCCGUUGUCUCCUCGGCCGUCGAGGGCAACGCUGAUGCCCCCGCUGGCACUCCUACCCCGGUUGGCGAGACCCCGGCUGGCGAGGUUCCCGCUGGUACCCCCACCCCCGCCGUCUCCUCCGGCGUCGAGGGCGCCACUCAGGCUCCCUACCCCACUCCCGAGUCCCCCGUCUCGGCUGCCUCUGUGCCCUCUGUUCCCCUCGGCACUGGCUCCCCCAGCUCUGCCAGCGAUGUCCAGGCUGAGUCCGCGCCCUCUGGCCAGUCGCCCACCGUUGUCACCAAGACCAGCGACUCCACCCUGACCUACACUCUGGGCACCGGUGCUUCGACCACUGUCGUUACCACCACCGUCAAGAAGACCAGCUACGAGACUCUGUACUCGACUGUCUACGCCACCAAGUCGACCCCGGCUGCUGUUGACGCUAUCGCUGCCUCUUCUUCUUCGGCCGGUCUCAGCACCAUCUCCUCCACCUCCACCACCACCAAGUACAAGACCGUCUACCCCGUCACCCCCACUGGCUCUGGCGAGGUUUCUGCCGAGACUGCCGGUUCCGAGGCCUCUGGCACCUGCGCCCCCAAGACCGUCACCGUCACCGAGCCUGCCAAGACCGUCACCGUGACCGUCGGUUCGACCGCUGAUGUCAAGGAGGCCGCUGCCACUUCGUCGGCGCCCCUGACCACCAGCACCGUCUACACCACGAUGCUGCACACCACCACCAGCAGCGACGGCAAGGAGCACGUUGUCACCAAGACGGUCGCUCUGUACACCACCGUCUGCCCCGUCUCGGCCACUGCCACCCCCACCGCCCACUCUGUCGCUCCCCUCCAGUCCAGCCACAGCGCCUACUACCCCACGCCGGCGUCCCAGGACGUUGAUGCCGCCGCUGCCACCACUUCUUGUGCCAGCACCGGCUUCGUCACGGUCAAGGGCGCUGCCGCCCCCAGCGGCUUCCGCCUUCCGGCCAAGAAGUACUAA